GCUAAAAGUUUUGCACGAUUUUACAUCCAAAAUCACGCGAUGCAGCAAGCACAGCCUCAUGCUUCACAAACAGCUGGUGCUGGCGUUCUUCAAGGACAGACAAGGCAUAAAAUUGAAGAUCUUGACUUUCCUUUUUGUCCAGAAGCAACAAAAUAUGAAAAAUUAGCGAAAAUUGGACAAGGGACCUUUGGGGAAGUGUUUAAAGCCAGAGAUAGAUCUACCCGACUUGUGGUUGCUAUGAAGAAGGUUCUCAUGGAGAAUGAGAAAGAAGGGUUCCCAAUCACAGCAUUACGAGAAAUUCGUAUUCUGAAGUUACUGAAACAUGAAAAUGUUGUCAACCUCAUUGAAAUCUGCCGAACUAAAGCUAGCCAAUACAAUCGUUUCAAAAGUACCUUCUAUUUGAUCUUUGAGUUCUGUGAACAUGACCUUGCUGGUCUGUUGAGUAACACAAACGUGAAGUUUAACCUGGGAGAGAUCAAGAUGGUGAUUAAACAGCUUCUAGAAGGUCUUUACUACCUUCACACCAACAAAAUACUGCACAGAGAUAUAAAAGCUGCAAACAUUCUUAUCACAAAGACAGGUAUUCUCAAGCUUGCAGACUUUGGUCUUGCCAGAGCACUAGAUCAUAUUCAAAAAUACACAAACAGAGUGGUUACUUUGUGGUAUCGGCCGCCCGAGUUGUUGCUUGGGGAACGGAAUUACGGGCCUGCCAUUGAUAUUUGGGGUGCCGGUUGUAUCAUGGCGGAGAUGUGGACUCGAACUCCUAUCAUGCAAGGCAGGAAUGAACAACAUCAGUUACAUCUGAUCAGUCAACUCUGUGGGUCUGUAAAAACCGACGUGUGGCCAGGCUGUGACAAACUGGAUUUGUUUAAUCAAAUAGAAAUUCCUCAAGGUCACAAAAGAAAGGUUAAAGAACGACUUAAGCCUUAUGUUAAAGAUCAGUUUGCACUAGAUAUAUUGGAUAAAAUGUUGACUCUAGACCCGGCUAAAAGACUAGAUGCUGACGGAGCUUUAAUGCAUGAUUUCUUCUAUGAAGAUCCCCAGCCACAGAACCUGACACACAUGCUUUCCCAGCACUGUACGUCCAUGUUUGAGUUCCUAGCACCACCUCGCCGCAUGCAGCAGGGUCGCCCUGUCACCCAGAAAGUGCCCCAGAAUAUGGACCAGCACUUUGAACGUGUGUUUUAAUGGAGACAACCUUGAAUACUGAAUUGCAGUUUUAAGUUGCUUGUUGGUUAUGAAGUCUUUCAUUAAUUAUACUCGAGUGUAAAAUAUAAGUGGUUUAAAGUAAAACCUAAUUAGGUCAUCAUCAUAUGAGGAUACUUGGAUGUUUACCGGUUGUUGUUUGUAAUGUACUGUAUACUCUCUUAUUAAUGCCCCUAAGGGCAUGAUGAGGGGGGCGGGGGCAUUUAUUAAACUGCAUGUAGAGUAUUAUUUACAUUUUUUAUUGAAUAUUAACUUUUAAUACAAGUUAUAAUUAAGGAAUUUUAAAGCUAUAACACUAUACUGCUGGUAUUCGUUUAAAUAUUACAAACUAGAAUAAUUGGUUUAGAAAAUAAAUGUUUUUUUACAAUAGACAUUGGCAUUUGAUGCUGUAAAACCUAAAAAAUGUAAAAAAAAAAGUAUUGACUACUUACAUGAAAGUAACAGCAAUAUAGCUGACAGAAAUUUACCAAACUAAGUUUGGCAAAUAUGCAAAAAACCUGUUUAGUGAAUAUCAUGUGCACAUCAAAUAGGUGGAGAUAGGUAAACUAUAACAAGCUGUACAGCUCCUGAAACAUGUAUGUAACUGAUGACAAUGUGUAGUUACAGUUG